AUGUCUACAAGGUUUCGUCUCAUCUCACGUCUGAGCAAAUCACUUCGAGAUAUCAAUUACGCCGGAAGUCGUCCGAUGUCACAGAAGCUGCUUCUCCGUCCCUUGUGCACAAGAUAUAGAACUCCUACGGUGCAGACAUUCAACCACACUUGCACACACAGCACCAUGGCUCACACAACAUUCCCAACCGACAUUCCUGCCCCUACCGACGACGGCGCCUGCAACCACCUCCCAGGCCUCAAACUUCCCUCCAUACCACUCCCAUCAACAGCCGGCAACACCGUCGACAUCUCAACCCUCGCCGGCCUCACCGUCCUCUUCUGCUACCCCCGCACCGGCGGCCCCAACGAAACGAUCACAGAAGAAUGGAACCAAAUUCCCGGGGCGCGUGGCUGCACGCCACAAGCCUGUUCCUUCCGCGACGCCUCCAAAGAGUUUCUAACCUUGGGGGUAUCCCACAUUUUCGGCGCGAGCACCCAGGGUACUGCGUACCAGCGGGAACUAAAGGAGAGGAUGCAUUUGCCGUAUCAGUUGCUUUCUGAUGAGAAAUUGGAGCUGGCCCAAGCACUCAAUCUACCCACUUUCGAGUGGCAGGGGUCGAAAUUGAUCAAGCGACUGACAAUGGCGAUUGAGGAUGGGGAGGUGAUCAAGGUGUUCUAUCCGGUGUUUCCGCCGGAUCAGAGUGCGAAUGAGGUGUUGAAGUGGUUGGGGACUUAUGAUGGAAGGAAGAAUCUGAGUACGGAGGGGGAGAACCAGACGACGAGGAAUAUGCAGAAGAAGUAG